AAUCGCUUGGUAGAACCUUUAAAACAGAUCGAGUAGAGGAGUUGAGAGAGCUGAACCACGAGCAAUGGGGGAUCUUGUUCUGGGGGUGGCCAAGACGGUGGUGGAAGGGACGCUGCUCAGGGCCAAGUCGGCGAUCGAUGACGAGGCAAAGCUCAAGCAGAGCGUGCAACGCGACCUGGUUUUCAUCAGCAUCGAGUUCCAGAUGAUGCAGUGCUUCCUCAACACCACCGACGAGGAGCGCGCCAAGAACGCCGUGGUGAAGACCUGGGUGAGGCAGAUUUGGGACCUGGCCUACGAUGUGGAAGCCGGCCUGGUGGUGGCGUGUGGUGCCGUCCUGCAUGGCGCCGCCGCUGCCCCUGGACCAGGCCGUCAACAACAUAACGGAGCUCAAGGCGAGGGUCCAGGAUGUGAGCCAGCGAAACAUGCGUUGCAACCUCAUCAAUGACUCUGGGUCCAAGACAUUUGUUGCACAGCCGCAUCCACCGCAUCCACCGAUCACUGGUGCGGCUGAGUUCGACAUGCUUGCCCAGGCCAAGGAUGCGGCCAAGAAGCAGCAUGUUUUAUGGAAGCUCACCGACCUGAUCAAUCGUCAAGACCGUGCCCUUGAAGUGAUCUCCUUGUGGGGAACCGGCGGUGAUCUUGGGAUGACAUCCAUCGUUAGGAAGGCCUAUGUCGACCCUGAGAUCCGCCGAAACUUCACAUGCCGUGCUUGGGUAAAGAUCAUGCAUCCUUUUAAUCCUGACGAGUUCAUCCGGAGCUUCUUGGCCCAGUUGCACGCAAGGUCACGCCAAAAGCAACGACCAAUACUUGGUGUCGACGUUCUCAAGAGGAUGAAGAUGGAGGCAGUGCCAGAGCAUGACCUCGCUGACAAGUUCAUGAGGCAAGUCUGUGAGCAUAGGCCAGUUUGUGCACCGGCCAUCCGUACCAGAUAUCGGAGAUCAGCCAGUUCUCACCAGAUCACUCUGUUUGUAUAUUAUUCAAGGAGAUAACGAUAGCUUGGUGUGCAAUUUGAAAACUUCAGAACAUGAUGUAGCCCAUCGCCUUUUCAGAGGCCAGGUAUGUUAUGGAAGCAUAUGCGUCCGCAAGAUUUCUUAUUUAAUUUAUACUAGUAUAGUGACCCCUGCAAAUACAAAGGCAUCAUCUCUAAUGUGUUCAAAAUGUCUGAGGAAUAAAUUUAUGGUUUUAUUAAUAUUCAUAUAGUUCGAUUUUGCUUUGUUUUGUAGAUACCGUAAAAGUAAUGCCAAAUGAGAUGUCACAUGUAUGGUUAACAUAUUUAAACAUUUUUAGUCGAAUGAUGAUUACGUCAUUUCGAAAAACACUAUAUAUAUAUUACUUCCUUCGGUGUAUGUGGUUAGAUCCUUAGACGUAAGUACAUAGAUCCAUCGGUCAAAAUAUUUCAGAUGAUGCGGAUAAACAUGGCCCCUAUUAGGGAAACCCAUAUCGUGUUUUUUUAAUACAAAAUAGAUAAGUUUAGAGAAAUUAGAGUGUUCACAGUAAAGCUAUGGAGUUAAUUAGUUCCUCAUGAUAGCCUCUGCCCAGGACUAUGUGGUCCUACAUGGGAGGGCAUCCGACGGGUCCUCUCAACUACGUCUUGUAAAUACAUUCCACUCUUCCAUUAUGCUGUGGAGUACCAAUUUUAGUGUGUUUAGUAGUUUGGGCAUCUCGGUAAAAUGUCUCAAACUCUCUUUAAUUAGCAGAACAAUUUGCCAUUGCUCGGCUAAAAAGACCAAAUGUCACAUCAUUGGACUCUAGGAAAUAAUCAAAGACCUUCAUGCUUAAAUAAUCAUCUACAAAGGUAAGAAAUAUUAUCUCCUCCAGGAGAUUUUAUCAGUGUCUCGCCCCACUAGUUAGUUUGUCUAGGAUGGCCAUCGUUGUGCACAGACUUGGAACCUUAGAGCAUCUCCAACAGGCGCGCUAAACAGGCGCCGCGCCGCAAAAUUCCCUGUUUUAGUGCGCGCGCAACCCGGCGGAUGGUUCCAGCGGGCGCGCAAUAACCGCGCGCGUGGUAUAAGCAGUUGGGCGCGCGCUAGGAAGCGGUACGUCGCGUGGUGUAUUUGCGGCGCCCGCUUCCGCGCGCGGCACACACGACGCUUGCGCUGCGCUCUUCUUCUCCCCCUCCAAAGCCCCGCGCGCGCCGGUGCCGGCGACCCGCACCCAUGGACGCACGCGCCGGCACCCCGCUCACCCCGUCCUAUAGCCGCGACCCCCCCGCCCCCGCCGCCGCCGCCACAAACCCUAGCCCGGGUGGCGUUGGCCUCGCCUCCGCCGGAGCUCCUCCGACGAGCGGCCUUGCGAGCGGCCUCUUCAUGCCGCCGCGGAUGACCUCGGCGGCGGGUGGCGUCGCGCCGGCACCGGCCCGAGCCGCCGCCGCCUCCUCCUCAAAGCUCCCCAAUGCGGCGCGGCCAAAAAAGGGCAAGACAUCAGCGAAGGAAAACAAGGCGGCGAACGGCUCUGGCACCUCCAAGGCGAAGAGGAAGGAGCUUGCGGGGCGUGCGACGGGCGCGGCGGCUGCCGAAGCGUCGGCAAGCUCACUCGUUGAGCCGGCGGCCGGCGCGCACAGCAUGUUCGACGAAAUGCC